CCCACGGUGCCGGACGCAGGCAGCGGUACAUGGCCCCGACGGGAGGCGCGCCGACCGCACGCCCGAGCUCGGCUCCCAGCCGGAUGAGCGCGGCGGCCUCGCCUCGAGCCUCGCGCGUCGUCGUCGUCGCCCCUCCGGGCGUGAGCGCGUAGCCUCCUUCCAGGGAUCCCGAUCUGUUGCCAAGAUCUUCCUUCAUGGAAGCGAUGUCUCCCCAGCAGGAGACUCUAGGUGGACAGCCCGGGCGCUCGUCUUCCCUGUCGGGAGUGUCUCGGCUCGCCGGAGGAGGCUCCGGCACCAAGAAGAAGAUGAAAACACUAGCAGAAAGGAGAAGAAGUGCUCCAUCUCUUAUCCUGGAUAAAGCCCUGCAAAAGCGACCCAGUACCAGGGAAAGCCCCUCUGCUAGUGUGGACACAGGUGCGUUCCUGUCAUCCUUUGCAAGCUCCAGCAGGACUCUGCUGGUAGACGGCCGAGUAGAACUCAGAAGAGGUCUGCAGAGGCAGGAGCGGCAUCUUUUCCUGUUCAAUGAUCUGUUUGUUGUGGCCAAAAUCAAAUAUAACAAUAACUUUAAGAUUAAAAAUAAAAUUAAAUUGACUGACAUGUGGACGGCAAACUGCGUAGAUGAAGUUGGAGAAGGCAACACCAAUGUCAUGAAAUCCUUCGUCCUGGGCUGGCCCACAGUGAACUUUGUGGCCACUUUCAGUUCUCCAGAACAAAAGGACAAAUGGCUCUCUCUUCUUCAGAGAUACAUCAAUCUAGAGAAAGAAAAGGACUACCCGAAGAGCAUUCCCCUCAAAAUCUUCGCCAAGGACAUUGGGAAUUGUGCCUAUUCAAAAACUAUAACAGUAACGAAUUCAGAUACAGUGAAUGGAGUUAUCAACAUGUCAUUGCCAAUGCUAGGGAUACCUGGCUCUGAGAAGGAUUACCAAUUAUGGGUCAAUUCUGGCAAGGAAGAGGCACCCUACCCACUUAUUGGACAUGAAUAUCCCUAUGCAAUUAAAAUGAGCCAUCUUCGAGACACUGCCCUCCUGACACAGGGAUCAAAGGAUUCCACUGCCACCCUCAACGUCCAAGAGCCCUUCCUCAUGGAGCAGCUGCCCCGCGAGAUGCAAUGUCAGUUCAUCCUGAAGCCCAGCCGCCUGGCUGCAGCCCAGCAACUGAGUGAUUCAGGUCAGAAGACAUUUAAAAGGAGAAGAUCAAUCAUAAACUGGGCCUUCUGGCGUGGCUCUAGCACUCAUCUAGACAGCCUGCCCAUGUCACCCACAUCGCCUGUAACAGGACAGCUCUUUGGAGUUUCUCUGCCAAGUAUCUGUGAGAAUGACAACCUGCCCAAGUCUGUCUUGGAUAUGCUUUUUUUCCUGAAUCAGAAAGGACCCCUGACAAAAGGCAUCUUCAGGCAGUCGGCCAAUGUGAAAUCCUGCAGAGAGCUAAAAGAGAAACUCAAUUCUGGAGCCCAAGUACACUUAGACUGUGAAUCUAUUUUUGUGAUAGCAUCUGUCUUAAAGGACUUCUUGCGAAAUAUUCCAGGAAGCAUUUUUUCAUCAGAUCUGUAUGAUCAGUGGGUUUGUGUAAUGGAUCAAGGAAAUGAUGAAGAGAAAAUAAAUACAGUCCAAAGGCUAUUAGACCAGCUUCCGAGAGCCAACGUUGUUCUCUUAAGGUAUCUUUUUGGGGUAUUGCACAAUAUUGAGCAACAUUCCUCAUCCAAUCAGAUGACUGCAUUUAAUUUAGCCGUGUGUAUCGCUCCAAGCAUUCUUUGGCCUCCCACUUCCUCCAGCCCAGAACUAGAAAAUGAGUUUACAAAAAAGGUUUCCCUGCUUAUACAGUUUCUGAUCGAAAAUUGCUGUAGAAUAUUUGGAGAAGAAAUCUCUUCCCUCUUGGGAGAAGUUUCAGUGAGAUGUGACACUAGAGAGAACACCUCAGAUAUCUCUUGCUUCCAGCUCAAUGACUCCUCCUAUGACAGCUUAGAAAAUGAGUUAAAUGAGGAUGUUGAUGCCCCGUGCAGUGACUUGGUAAAGAAACUCGGCCAGGGCAGCAGAAGCAUGGAUUCUGUCUUAACCCUCAGUGACUAUGACCUUGACCAGCCUGAGAUGGAAGGCCUCUUAACCCUGAGUGACUUCGACUUAGAGCAUUCUAAAGAUGAAGAUGUACAAAUGAAACUCCCUGUCGAAUCCAAGCUGGUGAACAUUCCAGUUGUAUACACGAAGAUUCCACUACGUGGCCAUGCCAGGGCGCCAUCUGGCACAGGUACACCCAGCUCCCUGUCCACACCUGUGACAGGAGCUCCAAAAAUCCUGAGACGACACCGGCGUUGUUCGGAGCCCAGCAUCGACUACCUAGAUUCCAAGCUUUCCUAUCUCAGGGAAUUCUAUCAGAAAAAGUUACGGAAAUCCAGCUGUGAUGCCAUUCUCUCCCAAAAGGAUGAGGACUGUCUGAGGCACAAUCAAUCCCUCCAGGAAGGAGCCAAGAUGUAUUUUAAACAGAGUUCCGUCACAGGUAGUGACAGCAACAAAAAGAAUGCCACUAAUCAAAACACAAAGAAGAAAAGCUCAUCUGGCCAUGAAGGCAGUCACACAAAACUUUUCCCCAAGUCCAAGCCAAUGGCCAUUUCUGUGGCAUCAUGCAGCCAUUUGUCCUCACACGAUCAUCCCAGCAACCAGCCCUUGGACGCAGACCUAUCGGGGUAUUCCCCACCUCACACAGCAGAUGCCCUAAAGAGUUGCAGGACACACCGGCGCUGCUCAGAGCCCAACAUCGACGACCAGAACUGCAAACUCACCUAUCUCAGGGAGAUUUAUUCAAAGAAACAACAUAAAACCAGCUGCAAUGUUGGCCUCUUGCACAGAGAAGAAGAUUAUCUGAAACGGCAUAAGUCUUUGCAAAUGGAAGGGCAAAAACUUAUUAAUCAGAGUUUGGUCAUGGGGAUUGAGGUGGGCAAGAGCAGUGCAGCAAGCCAAAACCCAGAGAAGGUUCUACCCCCAAGGCUAAAUCUCUGCCCCAGGACUAGCUAUUCCAGCCUGUCCUCCCCAGGCACGUCCCCAUCUGGCUCAUCAGUGAGCUCCCAAGACAGCGCUUUUUCUCAGAUUUCUGAACACUCUGUGUUUACACCCACUGAAACUUCCUCCCCAAUAGAUUGCACUUUUCAGUCUCAGAGGAAACAGGAAGACUUUUCUACUGACUUCAGUAGUUCCAACUUCAUUUCUGGGAUGCCCAGUUCCUCAUCAGGACAGGCCGCCAGCCGCUUGCCCUAUACAAAGAAGGACACGGUGGAGUGGCAUUCACAGAUGCACUCAGUAACUCUUCACCCCAGCACAUGGCUGAGAAAUGGUGUGGCGAGCCUGAAAAACUGGUCCCUCAAAAAGAAAGCAAAGGCAGCCAAACCAGAGGAGAAGAAACUCACUUGUGUGAAAGCAUCCUCAGAGCCACCUCCACCUGCUUCUGGUAUCUCAGAAGCUAACUCUCAGCCAGAGAGAGGUGUGACCCUAAGGGCAGCUGAAGGACUCGCAGCUGCACGGACAGCCCAGUGGUGUAGUUCUUACCCCUGCCAGGACUCAGAAAAAUACUGUAGUUCAUUCAGCCUGGUGGAAAGCAGACUCAAGCUUUGUCUAAAGUCCGACGAGGGAGGAGAGGAUCUUGGCCAGUGCUCUCCUGGUCCUCAGCCCUGGGACAGAGCCUCAUCCAGCACUGAGACUGUUACUGAUACAGCCAGCCCAGAGUCAGGACUUCCAGUGGUUUGUGAUGAUGGGGACAGAUACGUAAUCAAAGACAUGGAACCACAGUAA